AUGCCAUACUUCUACCACCUAACCUUUGAACUAUACCCUUACGGCUCAUCCUCUGCGGCCGAACGAAUCAACCGAGAACAAGGAGGAGGAAUCUGGGUCCCAGCAUCAGAUAGCGAUAUUUUCGGUAACGAGGAGUGGCCUGUUAGUGAUACUGUUGAACCACCCAGCGGCAGCAGCGGCAGCAGUCGAAAUCGGAAUUGCUACAGAGCUUCUGGGGUAGAAGAGGGGGGAAGUGGAAGCGGAAGUGGGAGGGGUGGGGUUAUUGAUUGUGGACCUAAGAGAGCUUUGGCGUUGACUUGUAAUAGUUCGGGUUCAGGGCCGGGUUUGGAGGAGCUUGUGGCGAAGAAGAAGGCUGUGGGUAUAGAGGGGCCUGGGAAGCCGUUGCUGGGGGGCAAUAGGGAUUUGAGGACUGCGGAGCGGGAUUGGAGGUUUGGGAGGGUGAGGGUUGAGAGUUUGGAUUUGGAUACGGGGAAGGAUAUGGAUGGGGAGAUGGUCGUGGAGAAGGGGAAAGGAGGGGAGAAGGGAGAGAGUAGUAUGAAUGGACAUGGACACAGACCUGGACAUCGGAGAGGGGAGAGCAGUUCUGCGGUUCAACAAGAUGGGAUUAAUGCUGGCCUGGCUGCUGGAGGUAUAGGCCGGGUUACGAAAGCCAGAAUACAGAGGUUGGGGUGGGGUGUUGUGCAUUUAUAUCGUGAUGGGGAGGAGACGCCUGGGCUGGGGAUGGGAGUUGAGGUUUAUACUGCUGGGGAGAAGGAGGGCGAGGGUGUUGAGGAUUGCACUACGUUGUGUAUUCCUGCUGUGCCGGGAUACUUUACAGCUAGUGAUUUCUUGGGGUUUGUGGGUGAGAAGACGAGGAAGAUGGUUAGCCAUUUUAGGAUGGUUAUGACGGGGAGGAUGAAUCGUUAUUUGGUCCUUAUGAAGUUUAGGGAUAGUGGGGAGGCGGCGAGGUGGAGAUCUGAUUUUGAUGGAAAGCCUUUUAAUAGUAUGGAGCCAGAAACCUGUCAUGUCACCUUUAUCAAAUCUAUAACCUUCCAAACACCCAACUCUCGACCCAAUACUAGCUUCCCAGAGCUCUCUCACGACCCCUUCACGCCCUCUACAUCCAGCUUCCUCAAACCCUUCCCACCGCCUACACCGAACCUCGUCGAGCUCCCAACAUGCCCAGUAUGCCUCGAGCGAAUGGACGACACAACCGGCCUCCUCACCAUCCUCUGCCAACACGUCUUCCACUGCGCAUGCCUCCAAAAAUGGAAAGGCUCCGGCUGUCCCGUCUGCCGGCACACAAACCCAUCCCUCUCCACCCCACCCAAUACCGCCUACGAUCCAUCCAACCCGCCCUUUGGCAGCGGCGAAGCCUCCCUCUGCAGCGUCUGCGACUGUACCGACGACCUCUGGAUCUGCCUGAUCUGCGGUGCCGUCGGCUGCGGCCGCUACAAGGGCGGCCACGCCAAAGAGCACUGGAAAGACAGCGCGCACAACUUCGCGCUCGAGAUCGAGACCCAGCAUGUCUGGGACUAUGCGGACGACAUGUGGGUGCACCGGCUCAUUAGGGAUAAAGGCGAUGGCAAGGUUGUGGAUGUGGGCAGGGAGAGGGACGGCAGUGGCAGAGGGGGGAUGGAUAUGGUGCCAGCGGAGAAGCUGGAGAGGAUCGGCAUGGAGUACACGCAUUUGCUCAGCAGCCAGCUAGAGAGCCAACGUGUGUAUUUCGAAGAGCUGGUCGGGAAAGCCGUCGCGAAAGCAAGUGCCGCAUCCCUCGCUGCCAGUUCCGCUUCCACUCGUGCCGACUCGGCCAUGUCCCAACUCGCUACCCUGGAAUCGGAAAACAAGAAACUACGAGAAGACGUCGUGGUUGCACUAGAAAAAGACCUCGCGCGCGAAAAGAAAAAAGCAGAGCGUUCAGCCGAGGUCGCGCGGGGUUUUGGCAAGAGUCUCGUGGAGGAGAAGAAGGUUAGCGAGGGGCUUAUGGAAAGGAUCGGGCAUGUGAAUAAAAGCAUGAUGGAGAUUAGCAGCCAGUUGACGAGUCUGAAGGAGGAAAACGCCGAUCUGGCAGAACAGAAUCGCGAUCUGCUGUUUUCUAUCACGGCGCAGGACAAGUUGAAGGAUAUGGUGGGUGUGCAGGGUGAUGGGCUGGAGGAGGGGGAGGUGGAGGGGGGAAUGCUUAGUCUGCCGCCGCAGCAGGCGGAGGGGAAGGGGAGGAGGAAGGGAAAGGGGAGGGUGAAAUGA